GUUUGAUCUUACUAUUCUAUCUGGUAUUUUAUGGCUUCCUAGCAGCGCUCUUCACAUUCACAAUGUGGGUUAUGCUUCAGACACUGAGCAGUGAUAUACCAAAAUACCGUGACCGGAUUUCUAGUCCAGGACUUAUGAUUUCACCAAAGCCAGACACUGCACUGGAAUUUUACUUUAACAAGAGUGACGCCCAGUCAUAUGCAGAAUAUGUUGCUACACUUAGAAAAUUUCUUGAAUCAUAUGACGAUUCAAAGCAAUCGCCAAACAUAAAUUGUACACCAGGAAGGAUUUUUGAUCAGAAUGAUGUUGCUGUUAAAAAGGCAUGUCGAUUUAACCUCUCUGAGCUUGGACAGUGCUCUGGAAAGGAAGAUAAGACCUUUGGCUAUUCUAAAGGAACUCCCUGCGUGCUUGUCAAAAUGAACAGAAUAAUUGGAUUAAAGCCUGAAGGGGAACCACAUAUACACUGUACGUCUAAGGAAGAAGGCAUGGUUGAGAUAAAUUAUUUUCCUCCUGAAGGCUUGAUUGACUUAAUGUACUUUCCAUACUACGGGAAAAGCUUGCAUGUAAGUAUGCCUUACUGGUGGUCUUGGUUUGUAAAUGUUUUGUUUCUGUUUAUGGUUAUGAUUACUAACAUCAGAUGGAUUCUGAAGUUUGAACUUCGUAAUGAGGUGCUC